GCAUCAACAAUGAUGAUGAUAGCUAACACAAACAUUUUGCGCGUUUAUUUAUUUAGUUUGGUCAUUUGGUGCCAAUAGCAGCAUAAAUGUGCAAAACACAGUUUACAAAUAUAUUCCAGCUGUUUUAUUUUGAGCCCAGGUGAUAUAAAGCCUCAGGGUGUGCAAUCCCAACAAUAGCGUCCACACGCACAUGGAGAAUUUGACGGCGUCGCCGACGAAAUCGACAACGCCAAAGAAGCGAAGACGCAGCGAGUAUCAUGAUCCCGAUUAUAGGUUCGGAUAUGAGAGCCCGCCAACCGCCACUGCGGGCGAAGAGAAGAAGCGCAUUAAGCUCGAGCAAGAAUACCAGCAGAAUAAUGACAACCAGAAUCAGGGGAAUGAGCCAAGCAGUACACCCCGAAUCACCUUUACCGUUGACAGCGUGGCGAAACUCAAGCGCUUUGAGGAAAUCGUCCGCGCGGAAUUCCAGAGGGAAUUGAGCACAAAGGAGCAGCAGCUGAACGAGAUUGAUGCACGACUAUAUCAAGCACGCCAGCUACUGGACAAGCUGCGAUACCAUGUGGUCAGCGAGUACUACAAGAAGCAACAGGUGCCAUUGACAGCUGCGGAUGUGGCUAAAGUGCGAUCUAGCGACACAUUGUUCGGCGAAGGGCCUGAACGAAAUGGAGCCCAAUUGCCACUGCAUCCGGCAAUCAAGAAAAUAGUUGGCAAGCGGCCAGUUCCUCUGCAGCUGCAUCUGCCGGAGCGCACAGCCGCAACGCUGGCCAAGGAGACGAUUCGCCUACGAAAUCCUGCAAAUCGACGGGCGGAACGCAGGCGACAACGGAAGAUACGUGAUCAGGGCAUUGUUACGGAUCACACCCAGGAGCAACAGAGGGAAGUAGACGCGGCCAGUCACGAGGAACAUCCCUGCACUAGCAAGCAGGCAUAUCAAAACCAAACGGAACUAGACAGUCCCUCAGUAUCAGCGCUGAAUGCCUCACGCUUAAACAACAAAAACAAGUUUCACUUUGUGGUGGGCAACACCUCCAAGUAUCUGGGCGGUGGUGAUCUGGACACUCGAAAUGGUCAAUCCCUUGUAUACAAAUGGCUUGUCUAUGUCCACGGCAAAAAUCUACCUCAGCCGCUCGAGUCGUACAUAAAAAAGGUGCGUUUCCAACUGCAUCACUCGUACCGGCCCAACGACAUUGUGGACGUUCAUGCGCCACCAUUUCGGCUGACACGUCGGGGCUGGGGCGAGUUCCCCAUGCGCAUUCAGCUUUAUUUCCAAGAGCAUCUGCAGCAGAAACCCGUUCAGCUUAUCCACAACAUUGUGCUGGAUAAGACCAGGUGCGGCCUGCACACCAUGGGCAGCGAGACAACUGUGGAGGUUUGGCUGCGUGCCGAUGUGCCUGCAACAGUUCCCAUUACGCCACCGCCAAAACCUAUUAAGAAGGAGCCGCCCACAACAGCCGCGACAUCGGCAAAUGCACUCCUCUCGCCCGAGAACAAUUCCAAACCGCGCACCAUUUCAAUAACGCAGAACAAGGAGGAGCUGGAUGAUAAUCUUUUUGCAGGCAUCAACAAGAUCGAGCUGAGCGACGACAUUGAGCAUAUUGAGCCGACGGUGCUUGUCUCGGAGGUCUUAAAGUUGAGCAGCCCGAAGAAGAAACAAAUGCCCGCAGCCGCAGCUCCGAAUAAAAGCCCACUCCCCCGCAACUCCAUUGAAACUGCGCCUGCUGUUAGUACCAGUCUGCCCGCAGCUCUUCCCACCAUAAAUGGAAACAGCAAAAAGCCAACAGCAAUGGUUGCACAACUGCGCAAAGGCAAUCCCAAAAACGUAGUCUUCCAAAAGGAAGGCAAACUCUAUAUCAUCGAUCCGCUGCAAUCCAAGCUAAAGCAGGCUGCCAAGCAGCAGUCGCUGCUCAAGCCUCAACUCAGUUUGCUCAAGCAGCCAAAACAACAGUUGUCCAUGCGAUGGCACCUCCUGCAGUGCAUCCAAAACGAUCACGGCUACGCCAACAUGAGCAGCAAUGAGGUGCCUCCUGCGCCGGCAGUAUUGAGCCAGCGCCUGACGCUCGAACAACUCUUUCGCAGCAUUCCCUUCCAGAGCAUGCGAAGUGCUGUGGAAUUCUUGCUACGGCGGCUGCCAUUGGCAAACGCAUUGGACAAAGGCAACUUAAAUGGGAAUGAGUUUCCCUUUGGCACUCAGACACUAGCGACAUUCCAGGCACAGCCCGCUUUGCGUCAGCGGUUCUUCGAAUUUAUGCGCGGGCGCACGUUGCUGCGUUGCAUGCGUCAGCAUCUAAGUCUGCAGCAUCUGCACACAAGCGGAAAGGAAUCCUUUUGGAGUACGCGAGAGAUUGUGGCAUUUGCACGUCUGCACGGAUACACGCCGCCUCUAAAGAUGCUCUGCGUUACUAGACAAAAGUCGGAGUCGGCGGCGUUGCCAUUGUCGGAGCGAGUGCAACAACAGCUGCAGGAAGAUCCUCAGGCACAGUUGUUGCAAUUUUUCAGUCUCACCUCGAAAUCCAACUUGGAUAGCUGGUUAGCAAACCGGAUUGCUGGAUUGCAAUGUCGUGAUCAAAGAUUAGACGACGAGGAGCCAAUCGAAGUGGUCAACCUGUUGCCAUCCAGCUCAGAGAUCCAACGACCUGCAAACGCAUUCGACACCAGACUAAACCAAGAUUUGCUAUAUUUACCGCCGCCCGAGGAACUGGAUGCUGCCACGCAGCUGGUGCGGGACAUGUGUAAAGAUGUUGGCAUCAUCUUGCAUCCAGAGCAAAGCGUGCCAGGAGUUUCCCAGUCUUUGGCCCUCACGCUCUUGGCCCACGUGCUUCGAAUGUUCAUAGAAAAGUUGGUCCGUCGCUCCGCUGCAACCAAACUGCUGCAGCAGCAACAGCCGCAUGCAAUCGAGACGCUGCCACCGCCGGCGGCUAAUCUAGAAAUGACCUUGCUACCUCACGACAUCGGCCGUGUGAUCGCAAAAAGUGCGGAGUUUGAUUUUCUCGGCAACUCUUAUCUUGGCGUUGAGCACAAGGACUCGCAGUCCGAUGCGUAAUUUGCUUAAUUUAUGCAUUACAUUGAUGCCACUGGCGAUUUCUCUAGUUCAAAAUCCUCUGGGAUAUUAGGUAUAGAUAAAUAAGUUAUUUUUAAAUAUACGUAUGUUAUGUAUUUAAUAAAUUUACUAUACAUUUUUU